GACAUGAAGCAACUCAAAUUGUUACUUGUUAGAUACAUAUCCAAAUUGGCCUAACCCUUAAUAUCUAUUUAGGCCGAUGCAAAUAUUAAUCUAGAAAUAAGAUAAUUAGAUAAAUUUGUUUGGGUCCUACUUGUCUUUCCCCCAACCCCAACGAGGGGCUGUCUCUUUCAUUUAUCGGAAUUUUGAUUCAGCUGAAAUCCAAACUCUUGAGUUGAGCCCUUCCUUCAUCCUCUCUCUCUCCCACGAAUUUCUUCAACGAUGGGCAACAGCAGCAGUAGCAGAAGCUCCCAACCCCCGCCUCCGCACAACGUUUUCGCGCCUUCGUCGCCGCCGUAUAACCAGUACCCGGGUUUCUACCCCCACCCGGCGGCGAUGCCGAUCCCUCUGCCGGCGCCGCAUGCCAAUUGGGUCACUGCUCGGUACCCAAUGCUUCCACCUACGCCGGUCGUCGAGCAUCAGAAGGCCAUCACCAUUCGGAACGAUGUCAAUGUCAAGAAGGAGACUCUCAGGCUCGAGCCCGAUGAAGACGGUUCUGGAAAGUUCCUUGUCGCCUUCUGCUUCGAUGCCACGGUGGCCGGGAGCUUAACGUUAAUGUUCUGUGCUAAUGAGGGUGAAGAUUGUCACUUGACUCCGAUUAAAGAAAGCUUGUAUCAGCCCAUAACCGUGCAGUUUGAAAAAGGUUUAUCGCAGAAGUUUAAACAACCCUCUGGAACUGGGGUAGACCUAUCAAAUUUUCAAGAGGGAGGAUUGUCAUAUAAAAGUGACUCGGGCGUGUACCCUCUGGCGAUUAAGGCAGAGGCCUCAUCGGAUGAUAAAAGUGGAAAUGCAGAUAGCAGGCCCACAAACUCCCAGAUAACCCUGGCUGUGUUUGAGAAGGACAGAGAAGAAUAUCAGGUUAAAGUUGUUAAACAAAUAUUAUGGGUGAAUGGGAUGAGGUAUGAACUACAGGAGAUUUUCGGGAUUGGAAAUUCACUCGAGCAUGAAUUUGAUGGGAAUGAAUCGAAUGAUCCCGGAAAAGAAUGUGUCGUGUGCCUUUCAGAAUCGAGGGACACCACUGUCCUUCCAUGUCGACAUAUGUGCAUGUGCCGCGAGUGUGCCAACGUUUUGAGGUUUCAAACCAACAGAUGUCCGAUAUGCCGGCAGCCCAUUGAGCGCCUUUUGGAGAUCAAGGUGAGCAAUGGGAGUGAUGAAUGAACAAAUCCGCCUUUCACUGCUUCAUGAAAAUCUUAUAUCUAUAUAUCUAUAUAUAUAUACACUAAAUAUUCAGUUUGUUCAGUUGGAUGCCAUCAUGAUUUUAGUCAUUCUCAUUUUGUAAAUUCGAUGCGACUUCUAAAAUAUUUCUUGGAUAAACCUCCCAUCUUUUGAUGUGUAACAAAUUAGCAUGCUCGAUUUCUUGCCGCGAAA